AUGGUAGUUAUACUACCAGCGGAAUACAAGGCCAAUUGGUCUGAUGAUGAGGUACAAGAAGUGACAGCCCAGCUGGUGCUACCUCCACAACCGGCCGUCUUCGAGAAGCCGGUAGAGAAAGACCAUCGGCACCUUCGGCCGCUGUACAUCCAGGGGCACGUCGAUGGGAAACCGAUGGCCAAGAUGUUAGUUGAUGGUGGUGCAGCAGUGAACCUGAUGCCAUACUCCACCUACAGAAAGCUAGGCAAGACCUCCGAAGAUCUUAUCAAGACCAACAUGAUGCUAAAAGACUUCGGAGGCAACUCGUCGGAAGCCAAGGGAUGCCUUAACGUUGAACUUACGGUCGGAAGCAAAACGAUGCCGACUACAUUCUUCGUCAUCGACGGAAAAGGGUCUAACAAUCUGCUGCUUGGGCGAGAUUGGAUCCACGCCAACUGUUGCAUCCCCUCCACCACGCACCAAAGCUCGAUACAAUGA